CGGAACCCUUGACAAGUGACCCCGCCCACCAACCGCCGCAUUGCGUGGGGGCAGCUGUCUUCGUUGGUUUACAGCUCCUAGUCGCGUGUCGCGUGCCAUUUAGCAUUAUCAUCGUGGAAAACCUCGCUGCCUCUUACUUUUUGUACAAUCUUCUGCGAAAUGUCUGCACCUCAGUGACGUCUGGCACCAUGUCUUGGACCGAUGGCGCAAUCAUCGCAAUCAUCGCAAUCACACCGCCCUGAACUUCCAGCCAACCCAUUGCUCUCUUUCAAACAGUGAGCUGUCUAACGCCCGUAAUACUUUGGAUCUCUUUGUGCAUGACUCUAGAUUCGGGCCCUUCAAGGAAAGUGAGCUAGAUCGCCUUCCAGAAUGUGCAGAUUCAUGGUAUACAAGGGCAAAGACGAGAUUCUCCUCUCAGAGCUCAUCCUGAAUCCCUCGCACUCCAUACUUACACAGUCCUUUGACUCACGUCUCCGGCUGGACCGUCGUCGACCACAUAAUGGCGAUGGCUUCGGAAUUGGCUACUACACAGCCCCCUGCCUCGGACCAGAACCCUGUGUCUUCACCUCCACAAUCCCCGCAUGGAACUGCAUCAACCUGUCGCGGAUCGCUUCCAAGACGACCUCCUCGCUCAUCUUCGCGCACGUUAGGGCUACGACCGAAGGCAACCUGUCAGAUAGCAACUGCCAUCCCUUCUCGUACAAGAGCUUAAUGUUUAUGCACAAUGGGGGGAUAGGAUGUUGGAAGCAGAUCAAGCGGCGCGUCGCGUUGAGUCUGAACGAGCAGUGGUUCACGCUCGUUCAAGGUUCGACAGACUCUGAAUGGGCUUUCGCUCUCUUCCUGGACUGCCUGGAUAAAGCGGGGAUCUCUCCCGAUAGCGAGCCCGGGCCUGGGGGCUUCGGCCACACAGUGCUACGCAAGGCGAUCCUCAAGACCGUAGAGCGCAUCAAUGGGUUCAUCAAGGACGUGGUAGGUGAAAAUGGGAUGGGCAAUGAAGAUAGCAGGAGUCUGCUCAACUUUGCAGUCACAGAUGGAGAGAGUGUGGUGUGCACGCGCUACGUGAGCAGCAAGACCGAUGAAGCUGCGAGUUUAUUCUUCUCAAGUGGAACGAGCUGGAAGGCGUUGAGCGGAGAGAAAAAUUCCAAGAAGACCAGCAGCAGUGCAGAGGGAGAGGAUAGAGACUAUGUCAUGGAGCGCCGAGACAAAGGGUCUGAUAUCGUGCUCGUUGCCAGCGAGCCGCUCACUUUCGAACGAGAUAACUGGGUGACAGUCCCCACAAACAGCACCCUAACUAUCUCCAAACAAACCGUCAUGAUCCACCCCAUCAUCGACGAGUUCUACUCACCUAACCCCGCCCACGAACGCAGUGCAGGCUUUGCCCAGGCAAAAGGGCAGACGGUAACAGGGCCCGAUAAGAUUGUCUUAGGAAGUAAGAGUCCCGCGAGCGGCGAUGAGGGGGGCCCGGUGAGAGGACCGGAUUUGGUGACUGCCGCGAUUCGACGGCUAGGAGUGCAGGCCAAGUGAGAGGGUGACGUAUAACGGGAUGAGGACGAGAUAUGUUGAUCCAUGUUAGCAUGUGCGUUCGAGCAUGAGUAGGUGUUUUGGUCAAGAAGUUUCUGUUAGCCCGUACGUUUUUGCCGCAUUAUUUUAGCAGGUAUUUGUUAUGGGGGCGUACGGUAUGCUCGCAUUCAGGUUUCAUAGCAGGCGUUUAUACGACAUUACAAGUACUCU